AUAGAAAUGGCAGAGACAGCUAGCCAUUCAUUGAUAAACAAGAUUAUCAAACAGGUUGAAUAUUACUUUAGUGACUCAAACUUCCCAAGCGAUAAAUUCCUUCGUGGAGAGGCAUCAAAGAAUACAGAUGUCAAUAUAGAUGUGAUUGCAGCGUUCAAUCGAAUGAAGAACCUUACAAUAGACCUACAGCUGAUAACAGACUCGUUGCGUAGCUCUGAACGAUUGCAGGUGAGCGACGAUGGAAAGAUGGUGCGUCGUACCGACCCCCUGCCCGACAACGAAGAGCACUCCAAGAAGACGCUGUACUCAAAGGGCUGGCCCACAGACACCACCACCAUCGACACGGUCGAGGAGUUCUUCCGGCCGUACGGCCGCGUGCUGUCUGUGCGCUUGAGAAAGAGGAAGGACAGGGGCUUCAAGGGCUCGCUGCUGGCCGACUUUGAGACAGAGGAUAUAGUCAACAAGAUUAUUGCCGACGCGCCCAAGCUGCACGACACUGUCGAGCUGCUCUAUCAAACAUACAAACAGUUUGCCGCCGAGAAGAAGGAACAAGACGCACUGUUCCUCAAGGCAAAGAAGCAGGCCAAGGUCAAGAACCACGAGGUCAACACCAAUGGCACACAUAGCGAUGACAAAGACAACGACAAUGAUAAUGACGCGGAUGAACCCUUGACGAUGGUCAAGGGAUGCUUAUUGACGUUCAAGGGAAUAGGACAAGGAUUGCACUAUGGCGAUAUCAAGUCUACGUUUGCACAGUAUGGCGAUGUGGAGUUUGUAGAGUACAGAGAGAACUGCGACAAUGGACAGGUGCGCUACAAGACGCCAGAGUCAGCCAAGCGUGCACUGACAUCGAUGGUCAGCGAGAAGAAGCAGCUGGCGGGCAAGAUACCCCAGCUGUGCAUCCUUGAGGGAGUCGAGGAGCAACAAGCAUGGGACAAGAUUGUCGCGAGCAGAAAAGCCAACAACAAAGAUUCAGUUGGAAAGAGAAAGGGUGGCAAGCAAGGACGAUCAACAUCAACCACCUCAUCAACAUCAUCCAAAGGUUUCUCGUCCAAG